AAAAAAGACAACUCAUGCAACGCGGAAGCUUAUUAAACCGAAAGUAGAAAAUGUUUUCUUGGAAAUCCGAUUUGUGUUGGUUUUAGCCACUGUUUUGGACCAUUGAUUUGGGGAAUUAUCCUGAUGAUGGCCCAGCAUGUUGGCUUCCAUGGCAACCGAGUGCAUCCAUGGGAUUCCCUGGUGACACAGAUCUGGGAUGACCUAAUUGAUGAAGACAGACAAAAUCUGGUACAGAUCUAUAGAGAAUCUGUGGACGGCAUAGAUGACUUUGAUACAGAUUCUGUUUUCAGAAAUAGAAUCGCAACACAUAAUGAUCUUGACUCUGCAAGUGUCUUGUGUGCCUGUCUCAAAAGUCUAAAUCUUCACGGAGACAGCGGAAGCAUUGAAUGGGCAGCUAGAGUUCAGAAGUACAUUAUUGAUUUACAAAACUACUGUAGGAGCUAUGAGGUAAUUCCAAACAAGGUGUUUGUUGGGCGCCAAGUAGACCUUGAAAGCAUUCUUGAUGUGUUCAUAUCAGAGACUUCCAGCAGUACAGGUGUUUGUAUUUGUGGGCUGGGUGGACAAGGGAAGAGUUGCCUGGCAACCCAGAUCUGCUGGACUCUUCAUGAAGAACACAACUGGUCUGUGGUCAAGGUAGAUCUAAGGAAUAAGAAGAGGACAGAAGAUGUGUGGAAGUCAGUGCUGAGUAAAGUCGGAGCUCAUACGCCAGAGGAAGCAAACUUACCUAAACUAUUGAAUCUCUUAAAGACCUUCAUUUGUGAAAAGACAAAUGAUGACAAUGAUGACAAAAUGCUGUUGUGCCUUGAUGACUGUGACCACACCCUGGGGAAUCAUUAUGAGAAACACGCAUUCAUGAACACACUCGGGGAACUGCUCAAGUUUUUUAAAGAACACAAAAGGACAAAGGUGCGACUGUUGAUGACAACUCGUGACAAGCUACUACAGAGCGGCGAUCAUCUCAAUGAGAGUCUAGAAGAACGUGUUCUCAAACCGUUGGAUGAGGAGGACGGGAUCAAGCUGCUCAACACAUGCUCGACCAUGGACAUAGAAUAUGACAUUGCCACGGAGAUAGUAAGAAAAUGUGCAUGUUCUCCACUGGCGAUCACCAUUGUCUCAGAACUCCUGAAAAACGGUAUAUACUCCCCUGAAAGGCUAGCUGUUCAUCUCAACAUUGACAAAAAUGUAACGAAAGGAGUUGGCAUACAUAAAAUUAUACAAGAAGCAGUAAACUGCCUUAAGGAGCCUCCGAGAGUGGCCCUGAUUUGUCUGACUGUCUUCCAGUCAUCACCUUUUGACAUGAAAUCUGCACAGAAAGUGAUUGGUCUAAAGAACAGCCGGGAAUGCACAAGUCUUUUACAGGCUUUACAUGAAUCUCAUCUUCUGGAAGUUGAGGUUGAACCUUCAGGGAAGGGACGGACAGAAAAUAGGGCCGAGAAAUAUCUGUAUUCUCUCCAUCCUUUGGUUCAUCAAUACCUGACCGAGUGGAAAAUGACAAGAGACUUGCAAAACCAUCAUAAAUGUGCCAUACAAAGAUUUGUUGAUUAUUACGAAGGUGUCAUAAGUAAGCUUGUGAAAAAGAUGCACUCUUCGUAUUGGAAAGGAAGGAAAAUCCUGGAAAAACACAAGAUUCAUAUUACUCAGUUUUACAAAAUAAUGGCAGAUGAGGCGCACUACUUAAAAACCCAUUCAAAGUCCUUCAAAAGGAAAACAUUCCUGGAGAAGAAAUUUGUUUCCGAUCUUGCUGACAUUCUGUUAUCAGAUGUAAUGAAGAGACGGAUGUUUGAGAGUGAAGCAAAACGAGCAUUGAAAGUUGGUAAUAAUGCUGCCUACAUAUUCUGGAUGGUCGAAGAGGCUGACUUGUUUGUGAUGCUUCAUGAUCAACCGGAUCUUGCAGGGAAAAUACUCGAUGGGAUUACAAAUGGGAAAUAUCCAUCUCUGCGAGGUCUACAUGGCGACCCGUUCUAUGAGCCGAUUGUGCACGCCUUGUUUCACAAAGUGAAGGGCCUGGUACGAUGGAAGCAGCUGAAAUUUGAUGAGGGCCUUAAUCACCUGAACCUCUCCCUGUCAUUCUAUGAGCAUUACCGUGACUUUGGGACAGAAUAUAACAUGCUCGUCUGCCAGGUGAAGAGCUACAUUGCCCAGGUCAACAUUGACAUAGGAAACCUAGACGUGGCUGAUCAGUGUCUUCAUGAGGGUUUGAAUAAGAUAAAGGCAAUGAUUGAACCCCCAAGUCAGUCUUGCCAUGAUGACCUAGCCACCGAGUUACACUGGGAUAUCCCAUCCUACUACCUACACUGGGCAGAGAUCCACAUAGCCAAGGCCAAGAGUACCAGUGAUCCUGAUGUCCGGGCACAGCUGUUUGAGAAGGCAACAAAAGAAUUGCAUAGAGGCAGAUCCCUGGAUGAGAAACUUAAGUUGGAUUAUCUCGACAACUACUACUCCAAAGUCAAGCUUCUGGCUGACAUCCUUAUCGAGAAAGGUCUGCUUGAUGAAGCGAAAAAGAACGCAGAGUUUGUCCUUGACCGACGAAGGGGCAUUCUGCAACCUCCACACUUCAAAUACACGGAGAGUGUAUACCAGGUUGCCAGGAUAUGGAUGUUGCUAGGCAACAGAUUCAAUGAAAAGGGGGAGAAAUUUAAUGCAAGUGAACACUGGAUUGCAGCAAGUGAUACUUUUUUGGAACUGACUGACCACCACCUGCGGGAUGGAAGUGUACCCCUGUCCCACCCACUCUAUAAGCAGAUCAAGACUGACCACCUGACCACUGUCCAGCUUGCCGGGGAAAAUGAUAGGAUAAGGAAGAUUCAGAAAUUCUAUAAGGAUCUAGAGAAUGGUGCAUAUGACUCUGUAGCAAAGUCACGAGUGAAGGCUGUUAGGGAGAUGAUGUGGACACCCAUGGAGAUGUUGAUGAAGUUAUUCAGUAAAGGAGGUAGGGAAGGCAGUGGAGGUAGUGAAGAGUUUGGGGCAGCAGAUCAACAACUCCAGGGACUAGAAAAUCUCACAGAAGAGCAGAGGGACAACUUUGUGGAGGGAUUUGGCGGGAUGCCAUCCAGACACGAUUCUGGGCACGGUCACAGCAGCUCAGAUUUGGGCGACUCAUUCUCGUCAGGCAGUGGGAGUAUGUCGGCACGGAUUCAGAGGAUGCACAUAGAGAAAUCAGUGUCUCUUGAAGAUAACGUGUUUGAAACCUCAAAUGAAGUUCCUACACUGCCAGAAAGGAAGAAACCACCUUUGAAGCGCUCAAGAACUAAUAAAUCUGAAGAUGGCAACUAGCUUCUAUGAGGACAUGAAAUAUAUUUUUUUUUAUACCAAGCACUAUUCAUGCUCCUUUUUAGAAUCAUGAACUUUAAAGCUCUUUCAAAAGAGUUAACAGUUUUGAGCUUUAGCAUUGAAAUGUGAUGUUGUUAUUGUAUACAUGUAGUUCUGAUAAAUGUCCUCAGAAGUUUUGAUAUGUGUCUCAGGAUCCAUGUGCUUAUACUGAUUAAAUAUGUUACUUUUUCCAACUUUUAUUUUGACUGAUAUACAUUUAUUUCUCUACUGACUGUACUGAGAGACUUUUAAAACUCAAUACAUCAACAAUUAUUUUAUAAAAAAAAGUUGUUUUAGUUUAAUCCAGUAAAUUCCUUGUGGACUGUUAUGUCAAUGUUAUAGUGACAUGUAAUCCUGAACAAAAUAAUUGGGAAGAAUAAUAUUUUAUCUUAAAAAAUAAUUUUUGAAUUUUUGCGUUUUCAAAGUAUCUCAUUGUUUAUAUGUUAAGGUAUUAACUUGUCUUCAAAUGUUUUUUUAGUUCUGUUAUAGCCAACUUAUAGGCUAAUAGUUGUGAGGGUAAGAGUGGUCGAGUGAUUAAGGUGUCCAUCUCUUACCCAAGAGGUCAUUAGUUGGAUCUCCACCAGGGGCACGUUCUAUUGGCCUUCCAGAAAGGACACAAGUGCUAGUUUCUACCCUGGAAACAGACGUGAAAUGAUUGACCCUGGUCCAUCGGCAAGUAUAAUGCGUAGUUGUGUGUCAUUCAAACCUGCAAAACUAUUUGACCUAGAGUCUUGAAACCAUGGGGAAUGUUGUUGAGAUGAUGAAGUUGCGCACCUGGGGUCUUGUUUGCAGCUGCACAUAGUUAGGUGGAGGUUGAUGACCCUUCUAGAACAAAAAAAGGCAUUUCAAACUAUUUUGUUUGCAAAUAUGAGUAACUGAAUAAUUUUCAAUUGAUAGACCUUCAUAUUCUGGUUGAAACAAAUUUAGAACUAGUGAGAACAUUCCUGUGUGCCGUGUGAGAAGUUGGAGCAUCCGUAUCCUAUGGACACAAUCACAGUUACUAUACAUAUUGUAUUAGGUUUAACCAUUCAAAAUCUUUCUAUGUACAAAGCAGUUUUAGUUGUUCAAGUGAUAAAUCGACAAUGCCUGCACCAAUGGCCAUUAAACUAGACUUGGAGGUUGGGCUUGACCAGUAGAUGACCUCUAUUGAUUUUGGGGGUCAUCGGGCCAAAGGUCAAGGUAACAGUGACCUUGAAUAAUAAAAGGUUGUCCGAGUAUUAACUUGACAAUUCCUGCACCCAUGGCCCUCAAACUUGACUUUGGGGUUGGGCCUGACUAGUAGAUAACUCCAAUUGAUUUUAGGGGUCAUCAGGUCAAAGGUCAAGGUCACAGUGGCCUUGAACACAAAGAGCUUGUCUGUGUAAUGACAAUGCCUGCCCCCAUGACCCUUGACAUUUAGGUUGAGGAUGACCAGUUGAUGACCCCUAUGGAUUUUGAGGUGAAAGAGUCAAAGGUCAGAGUCAUAACAGAUAUAAAUCAUUCAAAUUUCGUCAUAUUUACUUAUUCCCUGCUGCUAAGAGGAUACACUUUUAUCUGCAAAUAUCAGUCAUCAACUGAACAUGAUUAAAAACUGUACCUACUGUCCUCACACGUUGAAUGGUCAUAAUCUUAAAACUGCCUCAAAGGCAUGCAAUGUUAAUGACAAAUCAGCUUUCAUUUCGGUCCAUGCAUAUUUCAUUCAAUUGUCUAAAUCAUCCUGACAACAUGGCACACAGAGGGGAGGGGGGAUAAUGUUUAUCAAACAUCAUUUGUUAAAUGUUGAUUUGAUGCACGUGCCGUAACAGUAGCCCAUAUGUACAAUUCAAUAAUGCAAAGUAGACAAGUCAAAGACUUUAAUAAAAUAAAAUGUUUGAAUUU